CUGCCCACGAUCUGUUCGAUAUAAAACAAAGUAUUUGUAAUUGUGAUUGGUUACGUCAAUGAUUUUUCUUUUGACUUUAAUAUAAUGCAAAAUUAUAUUACUGUCGGUAUGGUUAUUAUUCAGUAGCUUCUGUUCUUUCAAGAUUAAAAGUGAUGUCCAGGCAAAAGCUCUAAUUUCUGCAAAAACAAAUCUGAGGUUGGGGCUAAGAGUCUACUGAAGAGAAACCAUGGAUGAAUAUUUUCAAGAAAAAGGGUCAAAGGAACCUUUAUUAGAACCCAAAGAACCAGUGGUGGCUGUAGAGCAUAUAAACUCUGAGCUUGAAGACAUAUUGUCUGACACAAGCUUGUCCAAUUUCCAGAUGCUUGAGCGAGCCUCUGUUAUAGAAUUGAAAAAUCUAUUCCGGCUAGCAGCCCCAUCAGUUAUUGUUUAUUUGCUCAACAAUAUCACUUCAAUGUCUACCCAACUAUUCUGUGGUCAUCUCGGUAAUCUUGAACUCGCUGCUGCUUCCCUUGGCAAUGAAGGUAUUCAACUCUUGGCCUAUGGCGUCAUGUUAGGGAUGGGGAGUGCAGUGGAGACACUAUGUGGGCAGGCAUAUGGAGCUCACAAGUAUGGAAGUCUUGGAAUAUAUCUUCAAAGAUCAACUAUCCUCUUGAUGUUAUCCGGAAUACCGAUAAUGGUGGCUUACUUAUUCUCAAAGCCAAUUUUAAUUUUUUUAGGAGAAUCAGAGAAAGUUGCAUCAGCAGCUGCACUAUUUGUUUAUGGUUUAAUUCCUCAAAUAUUUGCUUAUGCUGCCAAUUUUCCUAUCCAAAAGUUCUUGCAAGCCCAAAGUAUUGUAAAUCCCAGCGCAUAUAUAGCAGCAGCGACAUUAGUCCUCCAUCUUUUCCUAACAUGGAUUGUGCUUUAUGUAUUUGAGUGGGGAUUGUUUGGAGGAGCCUUGGUUCUAAGUAUUUCGUGGUGGAUAGUAGUCAUUGCACAAUUUAUGUACAUAUUGUGGAGUGAUACAUGCAAGAAAACAUGGAGUGGAUUUAGUCUGCAAGCGUUUUCUGGGCUGUGGGAUUUCUUUAAGUUGUCAGCUGCUUCAUCUGUGAUGUUGUGUUUGGAGGCGUGGUACUUUCAGAUUUUGGUUUUAGUUGCUGGUUUGCUACCAAAUCCUGAAGUGGCAUUGGAUUCUCUAGCUGUUUGUAACACAAUUCUUGGAUGUGUGUUCAUGUUAUCUGUUGGUUUCAACGCUGCUGCAAGUGUAAGGGUGAGCAAUGAAUUGGGAGCUGGACAUCCAAAAUCAGCUGCAUUUUCAGUUGUGGUGGUAACAUUAAGCUCGUUCGUGAUUGCUGUAGUCAUUGCCAUAGUAGUGAUGUUGCUUCGCGAUGUGAUGAGUUAUGCAUUCACAGGCGGGGAAACCAUUGCUAAAGCAUCCUCAGAACUUGCACCACUCUUGGCUGCCUCAGUAGUUCUCAAUGGUAUUCAACCUGUUUUAUCUGGGGUGGCCGUUGGGUGUGGAUGGCAAGGUUUUGUAGCUUACGUUAACGUCGGAUGUUACUACGUUGUUGGCAUUCCAUUGGGUGUUCUUCUUGGUUUCAAAUUCAAACUCGGAGCUAAGGGAUUAUGGCUGGGCAUGUUUGGAGGAACAGCCAUACAAACUCUAAUCUUACUAUGGGCCACUUUUCGAACCAAUUGGGACGACGAGGUGGAGAAAACGAAAAAUCGAUUAAAUAAGUGGCGAGAUAGCAGUAAAACCCCAUUGUUGAACGAAUCAUGAGAACGACCAUUUUUGCAUUAGAAUGCAAGCAUGUCCGAUUGGUUAACAUCAGUCCAUUCUCUAACCUAUUGUUGUGUGAGACCCAGAGCUUUUAUGAUGGCUUAAGAUUUCAUACCCUCACAAACUCCGAUCAGAUACUUGAGACUUAGUGUGGUGUUAGCUAUCUUAGUGUUUCCAAAAGACCAUGUACACAGAUUCGGUCUAGCGGAGCAUAUCUAGAAAAGCAGUCAAACUAAUAUUAAGGGGAUCGUGAGAAGAGGAAGAUCAUUGAUGUAAUCUCAUUUAUUUGUGUUCACUGGUGCACUUAUGAGUUAUGAUUGUGAAUACAAGAAACAAUGAUAUAUGAGAUUUUAAGAUUAUAUCAAAUGUGAUUCAUAUGA